AUGAAUCAGCAGGCACCAGAUGUCGAGUCACUGCGUGACGUCUGCGACGAACUCACGUUCGACCAAAUCGACUCCAUCAUUGAAAACUUGACUGCAGGGAACCUGUCCAGCUUCCUGAACAACGAAAAGCUGAACGAGGCGCUCGAAAACGACGCGUACCUCAUCAACAAUGUGCGCACACAGACGGGGAUCACGAAGUCGUGCGAGCACGGGCAGAAGGUAUCCUCCAUAAUAAAGCAGAAGGCGCUGAAGCUCAACGAGGCCACGGCCCUGGAGCUGCUGGACACGAUUUUGAACCUGCUGCUCGAGAAGUUCGGCGCAGAGCGCGAAGUCACGGACGCCCGGGACCCGUCCGGCAAACACACGCGCCGGUGUCUGGACUUCGCGCUCAUGUCGAAGCACUUCCCCUCAGGAGCACUCGCGCUGAGCUCGUUGUCGUGGGACAGCCUUCCCCUAUCGGGACUCAUAGCACACGAGUACGCGUCGCAGCAGCGGCAGCGGCGUCCGGCGCAGACCUUCUCAAACCCGGCCUCGUACAAGGAGCUCGACGCGCUCGUCGAGUACGAGCAGCAGCUGGAGACGAAGGAGCGCGUGGAGCGCAUGAAGAGGCGCAUCGGCCUCCUCUCGGCCGCGGCGCCCGUCGACUUCUGGGAGUUUGUGCUGGACCGGGACCCUCAGAACGGGUUCAACAACACGUGCUUCAACUUGUACUCGUUGACCUUCCUGGCGACGAACGGGGACAUCGAGGUGUUCAAGAGCCCGCGGUCUGACGUUCUUAUAAGGGCCAGGAGUAAAAACGACUCGAACAGCGUGAACUUCCAGUCGAUAGUGACUGGGUGGUGCUACGACCAGUGGCUGAAACUGGUGGAUAAGUACUCAACGUGA